AUGGCUUCCCAAGUCUCAGUUUGCGUUACUCCCAUGCUUCAAUCUUCUGGUGCGAAAUAUUCUGCGAAGUCCAAGUAUCCUAUCAACUUAUCCCUUCAAUCAUCUUUUCAUUCUUUGAGAGGUACACGUCCCGUGAGAAUCAUCAAAGCAAAACAUGAAAAUAGCUUUGGUGGAUUUCAGCCAAUACAUCCUUCCCAAGCUUCACAAGACAGUGUGCUUUUUGAUGAAUGGCUUGGGGCUGUGAAGAAUGAUGAUAAAUAUGCUGAAUCUUUUCAUCAGGUUAUGGUGACCAACCAGAUUAGGACGCAAAUAAAUGAAGUGAAAAAGAUGUUGAGGUCCAUGGAAGAUGGAGAGAUAACCAUAUCAGCUUAUGAUACGGCUUGGGUUGCUCUAGUGAAAAGCGUUGAUGAUGAAAAUAAGCCACAAUUCCCAUCUUCUCUUCAAUGGAUUGUUGAUAAUCAACUUGCUGAUGGCUCAUGGGGAGAUGAGUUAUUUGUGGCACAUGACAGGAUUCUUAACACCUUGGCUUGUGUGAUUGCAUUAAAAUCAUGGAAUGUGAAUCCUGACAUGUGUGAAAAAGGAAUGAAAUUUUUUGUGGAAAAUCUUGACAAGAUUCAAGAUGAGAAUGUUGAGCACAUGCCUAUUGGAUUUGAAGUUGCUUUUCCUUCUCUUCUCAACAUAGCUAAAAGUUUAAAUAUUGAAGUGCCGGAAGAGUCUCCAAUCUUGAAAGAGAUAUUUACAAUGAGAGAUCAAAAGCUCAAAAAAAUACCAAGAGAAGUGUUGCACAAGGUUCCUACGACAUUGCUUCAUAGUUUAGAAGGAAUGCAAGAUUUGGAUUGGAACCAGCUUCUACAGCUUCAGUCUCAAGAUGGGUCAUUCUUGUUCUCUCCAUCUUCCACGGCUUUUGCUAUUAUGCAAACUGGUGACGAAGAUGCCCUCAACUACUUGCAAAAAAUUGUUGAGAAGUUCAAUGGAGGAGUUCCGAAUGUAUUUCCGGUGGAUUUGUUUGAGCAUAUAUGGGCUGUGGAUCGGCUAGAACGCCUUGGGGUUUCGAGGUAUUUUAAGCAAGAGAUCAAGGAGUCUAUGAACUAUCUGUCAAGAUAUUGGACUGAGAAAGGAAUUUGUUGGGCGAGAAAUUCUGAAGUUCAAGAUAUUGAUGACACGGCAAUGGGAUUUAGACUUCUAAGGUUGCACGGUCACCAUGUUUCACCCAAUGUGUUCAAGCAUUUUGAGAAAAAUGGUGAAUUCUUCUGCUUUGCGGGACAACUGAACCAAGCCGUGACAGGCAUGUUCAAUCUAUAUAGAGCAUCUCAAGUUCAAUUUAAAGGCGAGGAAAUUCUUGAGAAUGCCAAAAACUUCUCUGCCAGAUAUUUAUCCAAGAAACGUUUUUCUAAUGAGCUUCUCGAUAAAUGGAUCAUCACUAAGGAUUUACCUGGCGAGGUGGGUUAUGCUCUGGACAUUCCAUGGUAUGCUAGCUUACCCCGGUUGGAGGCAAGAUUUUACCUUGAGCAGUAUGGUGGUAAAAAUGAUGUUUGGAUUGGCAAGACCCUUUACAGGAUGCCUUACGUGAACAAUGAUGUUUAUCUCGAGCUUGCAAAAUUGGAUUACAACAACUGUCAAACAGUGCAUAAUAAAGAAUGGGAAGAAAUCCAGAGGUGGUGCCUGGAAUCAGAUCUAGAAGGAUUUGGAUUGAGCAAAAAGAGACUCUUGUACUCUUAUUUUGUUGCAACAGCCAACAUAUUUGAGCCUGAGAGGUCUUUAGAGAGACUUGCAUGGGCUAAAACAACAGCUUUGAUUUGGACACUGAAGUCGUAUUUUCAAGACGUAGAAACCAGGGAUGCAUUUGGCAAUCAGCUAAACGAAUUCAUUAAGGGAGGAAACAACUCAAACAAGUGGUUAAAGAACGAGAGAGAUGAAAAACUUCUGGGAGUUUUACUGACAACCCUGGAUAUCAUUGGAUUCCAAAUGUUUAAGCGCAAUGACCAAGAAAAUUCACUUUAUUUGAAUCGAAUGUGGCAAAGUUGGUUCUCAAGCUGGUCUAGUAAAGGACUUAGCUCCCCAGAAGAUGCGGAAUUACUUGUGCAAAUCAUAAAUUUAACCUCUGGUAAUUGGUCAGAAGAUCUAGAGCUUGAUCCACAGUACCAGAAAUUACUUGAAGCCACUAAGAGAGUUUGCAUUAGCCUCCAUAAUUACGAAAGAAACUUGGUACAGGUUGGCACUGAUUCCGAAGUAGAGUCAGAGAUGCAAGAACUAGUGCAAUUGGUGCAUCAAAGUUCUCAAAAUGAUUUGCACUCAAGUAUUAAGAAUUCAUUCCUCAUGGUGGCCAGGAGUUACUAUUACGCAGCUUACUGUGAUCCAGAGGCCAUUAGUUAUCAUAUUGAUAAAGUUCUUUUUCAAAAAGUGAUCUGA